UCGAGGCGCCUGCGCAGUCGCUCUUCCUUAGGCGGCAGCCAUGGCGGGACAAGAGGAUCCGGUGCAGCGGGAGAUUCACCAGGACUGGGCGAACCGGGAGUACAUUGAGGUCAUCACCAGCAGCAUCAAGAAAAUCGCGGACUUUCUCAACUCUUUCGAUAUGUCUUGUCGUUCAAGACUCGCAACACUAAACGAGAAAUUGACAGCCCUUGAACGGAGAAUAGAGUACAUUGAAGCCCGGGUGACAAAAGGUGAGACGCUCACCUAGAACUGUGCCAUGCUGCUGCUGGGAAGUUGCUAUACAGAACACAGGCCUACGUGGGAAAGGCCCCAGCAGCCUUCAGCUCCUUCUUCUCUCCUUAAAGAGCAACAGGGCUUAUUCUUGUUUUUCUUUUUUCAAAAAUGUGGCCUUUGGGCUCUGCCAUGUGCAUCUGGGAGUGUGAUGUGGCAUGUGGGGAGAGGUCCAGGGGAAGUCUUGGAAACAACAUUAGGCAUUUUACCUUUUCAGUAACAUUUUAUAGAACUACUUGUCAAUGUGUUUGAGGCAUUCAGAGCCCAAAGCCUGGGACUCUUUGUUAAGGUCCUCCCCACCUCUCUCUUUCUCUCUCUCAGGCUUUCUUUACAGCUCUCAUUGCCUCUGCAUUGAUUCUAUAAGCAGUGUGUGUCCCCUUCCUACCUUUGAUGGGGGGUGGGAGGCAGUCCUGGCUGAGACACUCACGUCCUGGUAGGGUGGCUGCCAGAGAAUGUUGUUGCUAUCCCAACAGUUUCUUGUCCUCUUGGGGAGGUCAAGCCCAGAUCCCCAAUUGGCUUGAAGGGACAUUUUCAGAGUUUUCUGUCAUUUGGGGUGUCUUUGCCUCUCAUAUUUCCCGAAUAAACUCCUCAACUUGA